UUUCUGUUGAUGACGCCUAACAACAUUAAUAUGUAUAAUAUUUGCGGCUAGCGAAGCAUUAAGCAAAAUAAGAUUUCGACUCUGGUAAAAUUUUUACGUAUGCCCAUUGUGAAUGUAUGCGUAGUAGAAAGUGGCAACGGAUCGGAUCGUGGCCGGACUCCAACGAUUUGUCGCCUUUAAUUGAACCAGCGGAAGUGCAAAUCAAAAAAACAAAAACCCUACAACAUCGAAUUUUAUCAACUCCCAGCCCCAGAGCCCAAACCCAACAACACAUCCCAAACCACACACAAACACACACACAAAGUAAAAAAUCCAAAACAAAAGACAAAUUCUCGACAAAAGAUUCAGUUGCGUUUGACGUAAAGCUCCACCUCCAUCUCCACCACCUUCAUCUUCAUCUCAUCGUGCCCAGCACAGCUGCUAUCAUGUGGCAUUUGGUUGUGUGUCUACUUGUGGCUGCCACAAUCGGUACCCAGGCCCCCUCAGCCACCGCGUGGCCGCUUAACGAUAAUGCCGAUCCGAAGCCGGAGAGCAUCUGCACACAUUGCUAUUGUAAUCGACUGACGGUGAUCUGUGAUUUUGCGCAUAAUAAAACGCUGUCGCCCAUAUGGAACAGCACGUACUCUGUUCCGACGAAUAUCACCGGCAUGGAAGUGCAGCUGACGGAGCGCACACAAUUUCAACUGCACGGCGGGGUCUUUCGCAAGAACCGUGUCAAUCGGUUUGUGAUAAAGGGACCAAUCGUAUCUGAGGGCAACGAUCAGGUGGAGCUGGUGCAAAACGCAUUUAGCGGCAAUCACGCCGGCUAUCCGGAUAUACAGAUAAUCGGCACGAGCAUUGUAUUUAUACGCAAAAACGCAUUCUCAGGUGGCGAAAUCAAGCUGCGUGUGAAGGACUGCGAUUCGCUGGUAUUGUUCUCCGAAGCAUUCACCAACAUGAACAUGUCCUGCAGUUUUACGAACAUUCGCCGACUAGAGAUCAAUGAGAAGGUCUUCAAUCCCAGCACAAAUAGCAGUGUCAAUGCCCGUGUAAACCUGCAUAUUGAACAUUCGAGCAUCGAUCGAAUCAAUCGAUUCAAUGUGUCAAUGCACAAGAUUGUGUUCGUCAAUUGCACCAUUGGCAGCGUUCAGAAAGAGGCCUUCGAUGUGACCAACAUCAAUCAGCUGUGCUUUGAGAAUUGCCGCAUCAAGAAGGUUGAGGCAAGAGCCUUCACCAACAAACUGUUCAGCGAACACGUCUCCAUCACAGGUACCCAAAUUGGCACCAUCGAUAGCGAGGCCAUCAUGGGCAGCGGCAUUUCCAAGCUAACGCUCCGAGAGAAUACCAUUGACACAAUCAAGGAGAAUGCGAUUCAGGUGCACAGCGUGGAUGUAAUCAUCGAAGGGAAUCGGAUUAAGAACCCGGGCAAGAACUGGCUGCACGUGAGCAAUGGCGACCAGAUUACGAUCAAGAAUAAUUGGUUCAGCAUCUUUGUGCCGAUUAAUCUGAAUCAGGAUCAGUCGAAGCGAUCGAAUUGCAACUUUACCAACAAUUGGCUGGGCGAUCUGCAGCCGGGUAGCCUCAACUUCAGCAUCUGUGUGGUGAGUGCGAUCACCGUGGAUCGGGUGUGUCGAUGUGAUGAUGAGCGUGAGUGGCUGCCCACAAUUACCGAUCACGAUCUCCGCUCGGAGCUGUACUGUAUGCUGGGUGAGCGGAUCGAUCGAUGCUUUAAUGCGAGCAAGGUGCAUAUGCAACGAUAUGCGAACGAGGCAUGUGCCAAGAAUCGCAACACGUUGCGCUGCGUCGAUGGCAGCACCUUGGAGCGGUACAACGAUGGCUUCUACACCAAACAGGAGCGCGAAGAGCAACAGAGGGGCACCACAACGUGGAGUGUGAUUGUCUAUGGAUUCGUUUUUAUGGCUUUCAUCAUUUUGCUCAGUGCCGGUAUUGUGUGGAUUCGUUUCAAAUGCUGUGGACGUCACAAUCCGGAUCAUUAUUGUCAGCCAUCGCAGGAUGACUGUUAUACACUGCGUCAGGCUGUUAACGAAAUGACCGAUACACCCAAUCAGCGCCUAAUCAAGAAGCUGGUCAGCAAACUGACCAGCGGCAAACUGAAACGCCAGCAAUGCCGUGACAUCAUCUGCGAUCUAUUGUCGUGCAAUGAGCUGCCGGAGAAAGUGAAGAAUUUGAUUGCCCGGCAUCUACAGGAGGCGCACGCCAAAUGUGUGCCCCAACCGUCAAUCGCUGUUGCGGCCGAUGAUGCGCAGGGCCCAAAUGAUGGCUUUUAUGCCAGUGCGCCCACCGAUCACAUCUAUUCAGUGCCAUUGCUCCCAAGUCAAUAUGCAAGGCCAUCCGAUACACAGGAUCCUUCGGCAAUGCCCGUUUAUUCGGAGCCCAUCAACUCAGCCAAUGCGGAUGAUAUGCCACCGGCAUAUGAGUAUAUGCCACAGUAUGCCACACCACUGCGCCACCCCCCGCCACCAUCCACACAGCAACAACUGCCGUCCACAAGAGUCGCCGCCGGUCGGGACUGCCAGGAGCAACAAGAACAACAGCAACAGCCACAGCGCGGAAGCAAUGUGAGCUAUGCGACGCCCGUUUGGCGGCAAACGCCGAAUGCCACGCCCAUUAGUAAAGCGACAACGAUGGCGCCCGACUUGCCGCAGAGGCAUGUGCGCGAUUUGCGUCAGGAUCUCGAGGCGAUGCCACAAAUUCAUCCCAAUCAGUUAAACUCGUUACGCAAUCAAAAUCAGUUGCAUUCCCCCUUUCCCAGCAACCUGCGGGGGCCGCCGCCGCCCAGCAAGACGAACAUGAAUCACAGCAAACGCAGUUUCGAGUAUUUGGAUGGGGUAGACACAAUGUCGGCGAUGGAACUAAUGGAUAUGCGGGGUGCGGCCGCAUUACCACCGGAUUCGGGCUCCGAUCAUUCCGGCGGCAGCGAUGAGACUGUUAAAAUUGAAGAUAUCGAAUAUGCCGAUGGAGAUGCCUAAAACUAUGCAACACGGCAAGGCGGCCGAAUAAAAUCAUGUGAUACACACACACACACACACAUACAAACCAACACACACACAAACCAACACA